AGCUGUGGGCGUCGAUGGACUCGAAGAUUUGUAUGUAAAUUUAGACAUUUUAGACAUGACAAGGACAAGGAAACCAUAACUGGACCUAUUUUACCGACAUAUCUUUUGGAUUAAUUAAACGUUGUCAUUUUUUUUCUAUUCCUUUUUUCUAUCUGUGAUGGAGACUGAAAUACGUCUAAACUACGCAGCCUUAAGAUGGCGAUUAUUCCGCGAACUGAGACAACAAAUAGGACUGCUGGUGUUACUUCUUCAUGUAGUUGACAUGGCAGAUGGACAUAUUCGGUACUCUAUUCCAGAGGAGAUGAAAAAGGGUUCUGUCAUCGGAAAUGUAGCGCAAGAUCUUGGCUUGGAUCUGACAAGACUCCGCUCUGGGAGGGCCCGCAUUGUGACCGGAGAAAACGUUCAUUACACCGAGCUGAAAACGGACAAAGGGAUUCUAUUGGUGAACGAGAGAAUAGACCGAGAACAGCUUUGUGGAGACGUAAUGCCGUGCAGCUUCAGCUUUGAGAUGAUUUUAGAAAACCCUAUGGAACUUCACCAAAUUACUGUUGAGGUUUUAGACAUAAAUGAUCACGCUCCCGUUUUCCCAUUCAAAGAUAAACCAAUUAGUUUUGAAAUAAGCGAAUCAGCUGCAGUUGGAGUACGUUUCCCUCUGCAGAGUGCAGAGGAUUUUGAUGUCGGCCAAAAUGCGUUAAAAGAUUAUAUUUUGUCAGCGAACGACAAUUUUGUCCUGAAACAACAAGUAAAUCCCGACGGAAGCCGAUAUGUUGAAAUGGUGCUGCAUAAACCUUUGGACAGGGAGCGACGUCCGCAGUUUUCUUUAAAGUUAAUCGCAGUUGACGGAGGUACACCACAGAGAUCUGGUUCAAUAAACAUAGCCGUAACUGUGCUGGAUGUUAAUGACAACGAUCCAGUUUUUAACCAGUCGGUAUACAAAACAUCUGUUGUGGAAAACACAAAAAAGGGCAGCAGUAUUUUAACAGUAAAUGCCACUGAUGCCGACAGUGGUUCGAAUGGAGUCAUUACCUACAGUUUGUCCAAAAUGAAAGGAAUUGCUGAUGACAUAUUCACAAUUGAUCAAAAUACAGGGACGAUUUAUGUAUCUGGUCAAAUAGACUAUGAAAAAAAUAAAAAAUAUGAACUGAGAGUUGAGGCCAAAGAUCAGGGUGGACUCACUGGGAUAGGUAAAGUUAUUUUUGAUGUUGUAGAUGUUAAUGACAAUGCCCCAGUAAUAAAUGUCAUGUCAUUUUCUAGUCUACUUUCAGAGGAUGUACAACCUGGAACAACAGUUGCUAUUUUGAAUGUUAAAGAUUCAGAUUCUGAAAACAAUGGGCAACUCAAAUGUUCCAUAGACAACAAGCUUCCUUUCGCAAUUGAGUCCUCUCUAACAAACUAUUACAAUUUGGUCUCAAAUCAACAGUUUGAUAGAGAAUCCAUCUCAGAAUAUAACAUAACAAUAACAGCCACAGAUUUAGGCUCGCCUCCCCUGUCGAGCUCAGCUCAAUUGCAUCUUAAAAUCUCUGAUGUUAAUGAUAAUGCACCAUUAUUUGAAAAAAAUAGCUAUUCUGCAUAUAUCACAGAAAAUAAUCCCCCUGGGUAUUCCAUGUUUGCUGUCAAGGCACAUGACUCCGACUGGAAUCAAAAUGCUAGAAUCUCCUACCUUUUAGAGGACACAGAUGUCAGUGGUAGUCCUGUAUCUACUUAUGUGUCUUUAAACUCUGAAAGUGGAGUUCUUAGUGCAAUACGCUCAUUUGAUUAUGAGCAAUUUAAGCAGCUACAGGUUGUAGUCAAAGCGCAGGAUGGGGGCUCUCCUCCACUCAGCAGCAAUGUGACUGUAAAAAUACUGAUCCAGGAUCAGAACGAUAACCCUCCUCAGGUUCUGUAUCCAGUCCAGACUGGUGGCUCUGUGGUGGCUGAAAUGGUUCCUCGUUCAGCAGAUGUGGGUUAUCUGGUCACUAAAGUGGUAGCUGUUGAUGUGGACUCUGGACAGAAUGCCUGGCUCUCCUAUAAACUCCAGAAAUCCACAGACAGGGUGCUGUUUGAAGUGGGCUUACAGAAUGGAGAAAUAAGAACUAUCCGCCAAGUGACUGAUAAAGAUGCUGUCAAACAAAGACUGACUGUUAUCGUGGAGGAUAACGGACAGCCCUCUCGUUCAGCUACAGUCAUUGUUAACGUGGCGGUGGCGGACAGCUUCCCUGAAGUGCUGUCGGAGUUCACCGACUUCACACAUGACAAGGAGUACAAUGACAACCUGACAUUCUACUUGGUGUUAGCUCUGGCUGUAGUUUCCUUCCUCUUCAUCACGUGUUUAGUGGUCAUUAUAUCAGUGAAAAUCUACAGAUGGAGACAGUCUCGCAUCCUGUACCACUCCAACCUCCCAGUGAUUCCAUAUUAUCCUCCACGUUACUCAGACACUAUGGGAACAGGAACUCUGCCACACGUGUACAAUUACGAGGUGUGCAGGACUACUGACUCCAGAAAGAGUGACUGUAAGUUCGGCGUGGCUGGUAGUCAGAACGUGCUGAUAAUGGAUCCCAGUUCUACAGGAACGAUGCUGAGGAUACAGAAUGAGAAGAGUAUCUUGGAUGAGCCAGACUCUCCUCUAGAGGAUGGAGGCUCUCCUCCACUCAGCAGCAAUGUGACUGUGAAAAUACUGAUCCAGGACCAGAAUGAUAACCCUCCUCAGGUUCUGUACCCAGUCCAGACUGGUAGCUCUGUGGUGGCUGAAAUGGUUCCUCGUUCAGCAGAUGUGGGUUAUCUGGUCACUAAAGUGGUGGCUGUUGAUGUGGACUCUGGACAGAAUGCCUGGCUCUCCUAUAAACUACAGAAAACCACAGACAGGGCACUGUUUGAAGUGGGAUUACAGAAUGGAGAAAUAAGAACUAUCCGCCAAGUGACUGAUAAAGAUGCUGUCAAACAAAGACUGACUGUUAUCGUGGAGGACAACGGACAGCCCUCUCGUUCAGCUACAGUCAUUAUUAACGUGGCGGUGGCGGACAGCUUCCCCGAAGUGCUCUCGGAGUUCACUGACUUUACACAUGACAAGGAGUACAAUGACAACCUGACUUUUUACUUGUUGUUGGCUCUGGCUGUAGUUUCCUUCCUCUUCAUCACGUGUUUGGUGGUCAUUAUAUCAGUGAAAAUCUACAGAUGGAGACAGUCUCGCAUCCUGUACCACUCCAACCUCCCUGUGAUUCCAUAUUAUCCUCCACGUUACUCAGACACUAUGGGAACAGGAACUCUUCCACACGUGUACAAUUACGAGGUGUGCAGGACUACUGACUCCAGAAAGAGUGACUGUAAGUUUGGCAUGGCUGGUAGUCAGAACGUGCCCGACCCCAGUUCUACAGGAACGAUGCAGAGGAUGCAGCAUAAGAUGAGCAUCCUGGAUGAACCAGACUUCUCUUUGGAGGUUCACGGUUUGGACUCUAAGUGA